UCGUCUUUAUAGAAACUUUAGAAAUCUUGCGAUGGUUCGGGCGUUUUUAAGUACGGCAGAUGUCUGCUGUUUGGCAGAUAGCUUCAUUUUUAAUUCUUUAUAACCUUAGUGAAGGCUUUUGAGGCGGAAACGCUUAUUCCUAUGUAUCACUUCCGCUUCUUGUGGAGCUCCUCUCGAUCCGUGUUUGCAGCCAAAUGCCUCGCGAAAAAAGGUCUUGUACGUUUUUUUAACAUCACAAUUGUCUUUGCUUUUCGUUGUAGUCUUGCACAUUCUAAUGAAAUCCGUCCUCUGUAUUUACCCAUCCGUUGCUCAGCCAGUCUGUAGGAUUCAAACCGGGGAACUUGCAGCCUCCACUGGACGCAACGCCUCACUUUAAACUCCUGCUUGCGUAAAACAGAUCUGUGGUUGAGCUCUCAGACUUAGGUCGACAGUCUGCCUGCGGAUGUCACUUUUAUAAGUCUAUUUUGAACCCCUGAUUAUCUUUAGACCUUUUGUUGCACACAAAGUAAUUAGUAAUCUGUACUAUUAGCUUCCGUGGAAAUUAAAUCUGUUAAACAGCAGAUGUUUCCUCCUUUUCAAAAGAGGACCGAGAGACUGGGGACAGUUCCAGAGAGGACACAGAGCUGCUGACCAAGUUUCAGCACACAGCAAAACAAGAUACAGGUUAUAUGACCUGUAACCCUGAUAUACUAGAACACGUGAAGGUUGCAAACACAGAUUGUUAAGAGAAGAAUCCCAAGUGUGCAGAGGAUGUCUGAGAUGAUGAAGGUUGAAGCAGAGGACCAUGGAGAACCCAGUUUGGUGUCCUCCAGACCUGCAGCAUCCUCAUCAGAACUGGAGCAGAAACAAGACAACAAAGAUCUCAUCCAUCAGGUUUUGGUGAAAACAGAAGAGGAUCCUUGUGACUGGAGCCCCUGUCUGGACCAGCAGAACCCAGAAACCCCCCACAUAAAGGAGGAGGAUGAGGAACUGUGGAUCAGUCAGGAGGAAGAACAGUUUACUGUGAAGACUGAGGAUGAGGAGAAACUUCAGUUAUCGGAGCUUCAUCAGUUCAAAACAGAAGACAACAGACAGACUGAAGCUCCAACCAGCAGCUCAACUGAACACAUGGAAACAGACAUUAAUACACAGCACUGUGGAGGACCAGAACCAGACAAGUAUUCUGUCAAAUUACAGAUGAAGGUUCAUACUGGAAAGGUGAAACAUAGCUGUGAUCUUUGUGGUAAAACAUUUAAAGUAAAGAGUUACCUUCAGAUACAUAUGAGAGUCCACACUGGAGAGAAACCAUUUGCCUGUGAUGUUUGCUGUAAAAAGUUUCAUGCAAAGACAAAUCUUAAAAUUCACAUGAAACUCCAUUCAGUAGAAAACCCUUUUUCCUGUGAUAUUUGUGGCACAGGAUUUAAGACGAAGGAAAGGCUUAAGAAGCACACGUGGAGCCACAAUGGAGAGAAACCAUUUGUUUGUGGUUUUUGUUGCAAAAGGUUUUUACUAAAAGAGAAUCUAAGAAGUCAUUUGCCUGUUCACACAGGAGAAAAACCAUUCAUUUGUUCGAUUUGUAGUAAAGGAUUUUCACGACUACAACGUCUAAAGAUUCACAUGCAUGUUCACACAAGAGAGAAACCAUUUAUUUGUAAUGUUUGCAGUCAAGGAUUUUCACAAAAAGAGAGCCUGAAAACUCACACGCGCAUUCACACGGGCGAGAAACCGUUUGUUUGUAGUGUUUGCAGUCAAAAUUUUUCACAAAAGGGAGAUCUAAAGCGUCACAUGCGCAUUCACACAGGUGAGAAACCGUUUAUUUGUAGUGUUUGCAGUAAAGGAUUUUCACAAAAAGAGGUUCUGAAAAAUCACAUGCGUGUUCACACAGGAGAGAAACCAUUUGUUUGUGAUGUUUGCCGUAAAGGGUUCUCACAAAAAAGGAGUCUAAACAGUCACAUGCGUGUUCACACAGGGGAAAAACCAUUUACCUGUCAUGUUUGUGAUAAAAGAUUUUCCCAGUCUGGAGGUAUGAAGAGACACAUGGCUGUACACACCAAACAAUUUAACUGUAGCGAGUGUGGAAAAUGUUUUGUAAAAGCAAUAUCAUUGGAACGACACAUGAGACUUCACUCUGAGGAGAGGCCAUUUGGUUGUGAUGUCUGUAAAAACAGAUUUAAACUGAAAUGUAAUCUUGAAAGUCACAUGAAAAUCCAUUCGGGAGAGAAACCAUCUGUGUGUUGUUUAUCCUGUGAAGCAUUUUCACAACUUUGAGUUCUGCAGAAACAUGAGGACUGCAGCUUAUAAUUAUGUCGACAGUCGACCGGGACGGGACGAUUUGACAAAAAUAUUAAUGUCAAUGACUCAUGCCCACAACUCCAAAGUUACUUUUAUUCUUCAAUUUGACCUUGUAGAUAAAUGUUUUGUGCUGAUAGAGCAUGUUUUCAAAAUAUGUUAGGGUCACUGUUCCCUCAAAGCUGCGCACCUGCGCAAUCGCGCACUGCAUCUGGAUUCAGAGUGCACAGCAAAUCUAUGCAGCGCAGAAAACAAAAUCCAAGCUGAGGUGUAAACAAAAUAAUAAUUAAGCAAGUUAUUUUGUACCAUUUAGCAAUUCUGGUGAACUGGUGUUCCACGGUCCCACUCUGUGUGCGCCAGGUGCUGAUCGGAGCACACCACUGAUUGACAGGUGGGGCAGAUGCAUUUAUAGUUGGGCAGGUGGCAGUGUGUUGGGAUCUUCUUAUCUGAGAUCCUAAGUGCCAUUUUUCAACCAAUUUGGUUGGUUUUUGAGUGCUACACCUGCUGUUUGUUUCUGGAGCGCUGUUGCUCCGCUAGCAUCCUGCAGUUGGAGUCCAUUGCAGUGCACAGCUUCUGCUGAUUUCAAACCAGCCUUGUUGUUCUACCUCCAUUUUUGAAAA